GCCCCGCCCCGUCACAUGAUGCUCCGCCCCAAUCCGCGCGCCCCCGUUCGCCAUUGGCUCCGUCCCACGUCACGUGGCUCCGCGCUUCUGCUUCCGGCUACAGCUGCGGCGCGAGCGGGAGGGAGAUGGGGCGGAGUGGUGAUCGGAGUGAUAACGCCGUGGUCUCCGUGGUCGGGGGAACAGCCUGAGAGUUGGGCUCUUCCCAGUGCCCAACUUCAGUUCCCAGUGCUUCUUCAGUGCCCUGCCUUGCUCGUGCGGAGAUGCGCACGCUUGGAAGGUCGUGAGCAAGGGGAUUUGAUUUGCAGAAUCCAACUCCAUCACCCGAGAUUAGGUUCUAAAUCAGCAGGUUUCCUGGGACCCACCUACAUAUUCAGCAGGCUCCAGCUAAACUUCUGCCGUGGUGUGGCCGAAAGGCAUUGGGGUAGUGGCUCUGUGGAAGAAAUCCGAAGUGAUGUCCGUGGGGGCCUGGAGCAAGGAGAGCACUUGAAGCCACUGGGAAACCAUUUAGGAAAGAGAGUGCGGAACGCGCUGGGCUGCAGCACAGGUCAGGAGCAGCUGGAAGACGUAAGGAGCAAGGAAGAGUGCCAGAAGAAAAGGCAGAAUCGGUGUGAUGAGUCUGGGAAAAGCUUUAAGAGGAAUUCCAGCCGUGUUAACCAUGAAAGUAUUCGGCCUGGGGAGAGUCUAUGGAAGUGUUGUGAUUGUGCAAAGAGCUUCAGAAGGAAUUCUGACCUCAUUGUCCAUCAGCACAUGCACAGAGGAGGGAACUGCUUUAAAUGCCCUGAGUGUGGGAAGGGCUUAAGUAGCUGUUCCAGCCUCAUCCGCCACCAGCGCAUCCACACAGGAGAGAGACCCUACAAGUGCGCUGAGUGUGGGAAGAGCUUCAGAACGAGUGCCCAUCUCAUCAUCCACCAGCGCGUCCACACAGGAGAGAGACCCUACAAGUGUCCUGAGUGUGGGAAGAGCUUCAAAAGCACAACAGAACUCAUCAACCACCAGCGCAUCCACACAGAAGAGAGACCCUACAAGUGCCCUGAGUGUGGGAAGGGCUUCAAAAGCAGGGCUGAACUCAUUCGCCACCAGCGCAUCCACAAAGGAGAGAGACCCUACAAGUGCGCUGAGUGUGGGAAGGGCUUCAAAAGCAGUGCUGAACUCAUUCGCCACCAGCGCAUCCACACUGGAGAGAGACCCUACAAGUGCCCUGAGUGUGGGAAGGACUUCAAAAGCAGGGCUGUACUCAUCUGCCACCAGCGCGUCCACACAGAAGGGAGACCCUACAAGUGCCCUGAGUGUCAGAAGGGCUUCAAAACGAGUACCCAUCUCAUCCGCCACCAGCGCAUCCACACAGGAGAGAGACCCUACAAGUGCGCUGAGUGUGGGAAGGGCUUCAGGAGGCGUUCCCACCUCAUCAGUCACCAGCACAUCCACACAGGAGAGAGACCCUACAAGUGCCCUGAGUGUGGGAAGAGCUUCAAAACGAGUGCCCAUCUCAUCCGCCACCAGCGCAUCCACACAGGAGAGAGACCCUACAAGUGCCCUGAGUGUGGGAAGGGCUUCAAACGCAGUAGUGAACUCAUCAGCCACCAGCGCAUCCACACAGGAGAGAGACCCUGCAAGUGCCCUGAGUGUGGGAAGGGUUUUCGAAGCCGUUCUUCCCUCUACUCCCACAAGCACAGCCAUACAAGAGACACAUUUUAGGAGUGCCCUGAGUUUGUGAGAAGCUUCACAAGCACUUCCAGCUUCGUUUCCUACCUGCGCAUGCACCCAGGACACAGAGCCUGCAAGUGCUCCCAACAGCAUGCACCUUUCCCUGACAGUGAAUGCAUGGUUUCAUCGAAUGGAGUCAUAGUGUAGAGAGCAGGCAGCACUUGGUGUAAAGAAUACGUGUCCCAGUGGUCGUUCACUUGAAGAUAGCGCUGUGAGCCCAGCAGGGAGUAGUGCAUGUGAGUGAGAGCAGAGAAAUAUCAACUCUGGCCAUGUUCAGGCACCUGACCUUGGUUGUAGGGCAGACCUGAUCCCUCCAAUUCCCUUGCUUAUUCAGGAUGUAUCUGAAGAAAUUCUACUUCCAGUUUCCUCUCUUUUGCUUCCUCUCUUUCUCCACUG